GCCAAAAGGAAUUUAUUUACAUAUUUAUUUAUUCACUCUUCACAAACCCUAAUUUUUAUUAGUAAACAACUAAGUAGAUAUUUGAUUUAUAAAAAAAAAGCAAAACAAAUGCUUGACUAGGAAAUACUAACUAGCAAUACACACAAAUAAAAGAGCGAUGUCCUGAUACAACAAAUCCAGUAUUAUAAAACCAGAAAAUGCUUGGGGUUUUCGCGAGUAUUUUCAUCCACGAGUCUUUUAUGCUUACACACAUUAAAUGAAACUUUAAAUUUACACUUAUAACACUAGAUAAAUCCGAAUUUACGUUAAAAUAGUUGUCAGCACAAACUAAACAUCAUUCGUAUCAGCGGCCAUCUUGAAAAUCCGGCAUGCGCGUGACGUCACAGCAAUUGUGAACAAAUUUAGCCGAUUGAGCAAUCCUGUAGAGUUUACGAUUCUUGACGUUGGACAAUUGUACUAGCCGCCAUCUCAAGGAUAUUACAAAAACCGCGUGACGUCACUACAGAUGAUUAGAAUUUUCUCUCUUUCUUCUCUCAUUUUUUGGUUGGGAGAAAGUUUUUUAUCCUAUUCUAAACUACGACUAUCCUACCCGUCAUCCCGCGAGGCAUAAAGGAGACUCAAAGGAGAGGAGAAUGUUGUGGCUGACUGGUUAGUCUGAUGACGCAAUAGCUCCCACCACUAUGCAUGUAGCCUAGCCUUUUAGUUUAUUGACACUUGACCUCCUGUUACCCAGCCAGUGUUUACCUCUUUUUUUUUUUGUUUUUAUUUACAAGCCUACAAAUUCACUUGUUUUUCUUUAAAAAUAAAAUAAGCUUAGUAGAAUAGUACAAGAUGAUGAUGUGUUAAAAAGGUCACAAGAAUAUGUAUAAGACCCCCGGUUUAGUGCCUUCAAGAUUUUUGAUUUUAAUUGCUCAUUUUUCCAUUUGUGUUAAUUUAUUAUGGACCAGCCGAGAGAGUCCGAAGUUUUAUUCAAUGGCCAAUCUGCCCGAAUCAGGCCCCAGCAGUCCCCAUCACCCUACAGAGAUAUUUCUGUGGAACAACCAGGAUGGAGUAAGCUCCUAGUUUUAGCUGGUAUUGUAACAAUUUUGGGGUCAUCAACUCCCGUGGGUUUCGCUAUAGGCGUUAUCAAUACUCCCGGAAUGGUUAUAAAACAAUUUUGCAACGAAAGCUCGACUUCGAGAUACAAUUUGCCAUUAACCGAGAGCGGAUUAGAUCUACUAUGGGCUUGCAUUGUUUCUAUUUUCCUUAUUGGUGGAACUAUAGGUUCACUAACGGGCUCUUUAUUGGCUGAUCGAAUUGGGAGAAGAGGAGGCCUAGUCGUUUCGUCUGCAUUGGGUGUUAUUUCUGGCGUUAUGUUUUGGACUUCCAAAAAUGCCAAUUCAAUUGAGCUGUUGUUUAUUGGAAGGUUUAUUAUCGGUUUAUCAGCAGGUCUGACAACUACAAUAAUGCCGAUGUACUUAAUGGAACUAGCCCCGCCACGACUGAAAGGGGCUAUGGGGGCUUUUUGCCCUUUAGGAGUUACAGUUGGAGUUUUACUUGGUCAGAUAUUAUCUAUGUAUCGUGUAUUAGGCAAUGAGAAUAAUUGGUCACACUGCCUGGCAUUUUCUGCCAUCCUUCAAGCAAUAUGUGCCUUAAUAAUCCCAAUGCUGCCAGAAAGUCCAAAGUACUUAUUUAUAAUUAAGAAAAAACCUCAUUUAGCUUUAAAACAACUUAAACGAAUUAGGAAUGCCAAGGAAGAAUUUUUAAGUGAUGAAAUUGAGAUAUUGCGUCUAGAAGAACAAGAGAAUAUAAGACAGGGGGAUACAUGGAGUAUUAGAAAAGUAUUAAAAAGCAGAUCCCUUAUGAUGCCUCUUCUACUGGUGUGCGCUUUGCAGGCUGGACAACAACUCAGCGGAGUCAAUGCAGUAUUUUAUUAUUCUACCGAAAUCUUCAAAAGUGCAGGUUUGUCUACAAGCAGCAGUGAAUGGGCUACCAUCGGCGCUGGUCUUUGCAAUAUAUUUAUGGCAGUAUUAUCUAUCCAGACAAUGUCCUGGUUUAAAAGACGCACAAUUUUGCAAUUAAGUUUGAUUUCGUCUGCCAUUUUUCUUGUCUUAUUGGGGCUUUCCAUUGGUUUCAUCAAAACUUUCACCUGGAUGCCUUAUCUGUGCAUUGUAGGUGUCUUAGGCUACGUGCUUUGCUACGGUCUCGGUCUUGGGCCGAUUCCCUACUUUGUUGGUUCAGAACUAUUUGAAGUUGGCCCUCGGUCGAGUGCUAUGGCUUUAGGAAGCAUGGCAAAUUGGGCCGGAAAUUUCAUUAUAGGCCUCACGUUCCCUACAGUGAAGGCAUACAUUGGUGCUGCCUCAUUUUUCAUUUUUGCUGGCAUUGUUGUUGUCUUGUUGGUAUUUAUUAGGAUCUAUCUCCCAGAAACCAAAGGCCGAGACUCAUGUGAAAUUUAUCAUUUAUUAGAACACGGCUUUAAAUCCAAACCGUUGUCUUCACCUGUCAGCAACGGCAGACCAGAACUCGGCAGCCUUACAGAAAAGACCCACUUGUAAUUAUUGUAAUAAUAAUAAGCAAUAUUGCUACAAGAUUUUUGCUAACUGUGCUGUAUUUCGAAACAGUCAGUAUUGGUUUCAAUAAAUAAAUAUUUAUUUUUCCUUUAGUUUGACACAUUUUUUUUGUACGAAAUAUAAACAGUAUUAAGGGAAUCUCAUUGAAAAAGUAUUUUAUGGCUCUGGAUUUUUUAAAUCGAGAAACUCAAAUAUUGUAUUAAAAACAAAAUCGAAAUAAUGCUUUUUCAUGCCGAAUGUCUUAACCUAGAAUUGGCAAGAUUACAUAAUUUUUUUUGGUGUAAGGGUAAAUUGUGUUGUAUCUUUUCACCAUACAUAUUAUAUUGAAUAUAUUAUGUAGGCACAAAACACUUAAUCACUGUUAUACCAAUAAGUAUGUGUUUUCAGUAUAUUUAUAUUUUUAAUAAGCUUUACAUGGUUGAGGGAAAAAGGGAUAGUGAGAAGACUGACAAUAUUAUUUUAUACUUUAUUUUAGAUUUGAAUAAUUUGCUCAUAAAAUUAUUUUUUCUCCCAAGCUGGUAAUUUAUUUAAAAUUUACAAAAAUAAUAAUUUUGCUUGGAUAAAUAAUAACAUUACACAUUUUUAUAAUUUAAUAUGAAUCUGUAUUUAUUAUACUUUACACAUUUGCUGUGCUGCCAUCAGCAAAUAUGCCUUUAUUUAUCUCAGAUUUAUGCAGAUUAUUGUUUAUGAAUAUUUGACAUAAAAAAUGGUUGUAUUUUGUACAGGGUGGCUCAAAUUCGAGCCUCAUCAUUGAGAUUUCGUAAGAGAUACGGGGUCGGUUAAAUUAUGGCAAAGUUGAGAAAUUUUGAUGCUUAACAAAAUUUGUUUUAAAAUUUCAGAAAUUCCUAAUACAUUCGGAAAAUUCAGAAAAUUGUGAUUCUGGUUUUUAUUUUUUUUAAUUUGAUACAAGAAACAUUAUAUCAUGUCUUUUAACUAAAAUUGGCAUGUGGAUUAAAACUCGGAAUCAUAUUCAAAAAUUAUACUAAUAAUUUUGCCUGAGGAUGAAUAUUUUCGGUCGAAAUUUCAUAACGUGUUAUAUGACGCAUUUUAGAAUGUCAAAACGAAACAAAUUAUGUAAAAAAAAAUCCAGAUGCGUAUUAGAAAAAAUUAGGUUGAUGAUGGCAUUGGGAUGCCAAAACGUCGAAUUUCUAAAGUAAUAUCACCACAGUAAAGUCCACCCAAAAGUGCUUCAAGAAAGUUUUCUUGAUUUUUCUUGAUCUCUUAAAAUAAAGUCAGGAAAAAAUAAAAACCAAAAUCGCAAUUUUCGGAAUUUUCCGGAUAUUUCCUCUUACGGUUUCUGAAAUCCCAAUGAUGAGGCUCGAAUUUCAGCCACCCUGUACUGCACGUAAUUAUUCUUCACAUGCCCCGCAAAAUGAGGUGGCGAGAAAGCAAUUUGCUUAUUAGACAAAAUUAGGAAAUGUUAGGGGUGUAAACUUUUUUGUAUACAGCUUUAGCUUUGCCUGUGCCAGCUCUCGCCAGGUUAUUUUGCGGGACCUGUACCUAUCUAGUAUAGUUUGAAGUUUAUUCGCUUUAGGAUUUUGUAAGUUUUAUUCCAUAAUAUAUUACGUUGAAGAAUUAUUGUCUCUAAUUUUUUUUCGUGAACACAAAAUGGUGUGGGGCUAUUAAAAUGAAUGACUGCAGGAGGCAAAUUUUCGUAGGUUGUAAUAAAAAUAGAAACUGGAUAGACCUAUAUAUAAAUCGGCGAUAUAACACCGGCACAGUAUCUUUUAAACAGAUGAUUCUAUUACAGUAUCACCUUAGAAAGAUCUAUUGAAAUAUUUUAGCUGAAAAUUAAAUUUUGCUCCAUAUAUAAAAAUCAAAUUUAGCACCGCCUAAAAUCUUAGAAUCGAAUAGAUGCAGUAUAAGGCAGGGCCAAAAAUGCUUUCGAGUUUCAAAAAAAAAGAGGAGAAAAUAUAUUACAGACUGAUAGUUACAUCGAACUGGUCCGUUCAUCAUUCUAUCUUUAAAAAUAAUAAUAAAAACGGUCUUUUUGUGGCGUCCUGAAUAGGGUCUCAGAAGUGAUUCAUUUAGGACACUAGAGCCUAUACCUGGAAAAACCAUAAUUUGCUUUUGUAUGAAUUGGUCUGUAGAAAAAUCCUAAAAGCAAUUUAAUGGUUAAUGGGCCUCCAGAGAAAGUAUUUGCCAGUAUUUUGCAGCGGGUACAACUUUAAACAAGAAAAUGUACCAACAUUUUGUAAGGACAAUCUCCGAAAGGCCGUAGCUGCAAAACAGUUAGACCGAUAGCCAUGUUCACAUCAUACAGCACUCUUUUUACAAAUGUGCUGAUUUUAUUGCACUUCCUUCAAAAAUAAAAAAAGGAAUAAAUAAAAUUAAUAAAACUGUGUAAUUGCUUGCAAAAAGGUCAUGAUUUUAAUCAAUGUAAGUGAAGUAUGUUGUAACAAUUGCAGUGAAAGACCCAAUUUGGUAUAUAUAUUCGACAAUAUAGAAAGGUGUAACACUCUCCCCUAUACGUUACAUACAUGAUUAUUGUCUAAACUGUAAAUAAAUCUAAAAGCUGUAUUAUCUUUUUACAUUUAAAAAAAAUACAUUUUCGUUUCUCCCGAACAACUAACAAUAACAGAGAUGAUUACAAACAAUUUAAAUGGAGAAAAGGGUUUUAUUUUAUAAAUGUGUCAAAGUUUUGUGUCGCUUCAAGUCUUGGAGGCUGUUUCAUUAAAAUAUAACUCUUUUCUCUAACAGCCUUAAUUUUUUUAAAUUUUUUUCAGGUAGGUAUUUGCACAAGUAUUAGUGGUACUAUUAUACCAACAUCGAUUAUUUAAAAUUCAUUUAAUUUGAUAAUUAUGUAGCAUCUUUUCGAGAGAGAUAUGCCAAUUAAAUUCUGAUUGUGCUAUGCAAAUCCGCAGUGGCAGGCCUCCAGAAUGACUGAAUUGUCAACUCGCGAUAUUUCCCGGAAAUACGCAAUUUUUGAGAGAAUAUUCUAGUGGAACAUUCAGACUUUUUAGAGGCCCGCAAGAUAGCGGGUUUUUGUCUAAAGUAUGUACAGUGUCUUGUUGAACAAAGAAACCUACAAACUAUUUUGAAGGUUCAUUAUUCGCUUUAACUGUUUUCGAACAAAAACCACGCUAUAUGAGGAUUCAACACUUUCAGUUAGAUUUUGGCUUGGUGGGAUACUGUGUGACUCAGUAUUGAUUGUAAAAAAUCAAAGGAUCAGUGUGAUGAGUAAAGUUCCGAAACAAAGAAUAAAAGAUAUUUGGCAUGUGUUCAAUUAGUGUUCAAAACGCUUUACUUCCAUGGUAUGGAAUUUGAUGGGUUAGCAAUAAUCAGAAAUUCACAUUGGUGCAUUUUUAUCGAGCAGUUACUUUUAUUUAUGAAACUGGAACUUAUAAAACAAAGAAUACUGAAUCGAAAAGAAAAUACUGACUAGCAUCAAAUAAAAAAUCGGCAUGUCAUCAAUUUUAUUAAUUUGGCGGGAUUUGUUUUUCUGUGCAAACACCUACGUUAAAAAAAACUACUUUCCUAGUUUGUCGUGUAUGCAUUCUAACAAUCUUAAUACGUCAACCAUUGGGAGCCUUGACAUCUUCUCUUUCAAACACUCUAGAGUUAAAUAGUACAGUUCUUGUGCGAAAUUUAUUCUGUUUUCUCUCCAAGUGCCAAUUUUUGUAUCUAAUAAUGCGUCAAUUGAAUCCUCA